AAAUUUGUAAAAGCUUUGUCAAAUUUAUUGAAAUAAAAUUUAAUUGAUAAAAAAUCAUUUAUGGUUUCUCUCCUCAAAUCCCAUGAACUGUGAAAUAAUUUACAAUUUUUUGGUGAUUUGGCCGAAACUAGAUCGGAGUUCUAGAGUGUUAGGCCUGGAAACCUCGCUGAUCGGAGAAGGUGAACGGAGAGAAAGGGGCGGCGGACCCCCUUCGUCUGAUCGUGUAGUGCGUCCGGCACGGUUUGGAGGAAUUUAUGAGCACGAGGUUUCGAUACUCUGUUCAUUGACGAGGAUUCUAUUUUGCCAUUUCCAGUCUGGCGGUUGUUUUGGCUGAUUUUUGAUAGGAGAGGUGGGAAUGAGGUGCAUGAUACUCUGUUUAAAGUUGGGGCUGAUAUUCGUGCUGCUUCUAUCUGUUCCUGUACCAAUAAAGGCAUUUUCCAGAAAUUAUAUGCAAUGUGAAUAUGCCGUCAAGAAGUGGGCAUCCUCUUCCCUUGUUUCUGAAGUUAAAGAUGAUAAGCAUGCAUUGAGGGACUUGCUCUUCUUCCUACACAUACCUCGAACAGGAGGACGCACAUACUUCUAUUGUUUCUUGAAGAAGUUGUACUCAAAAUCCCAGGAAUGUCCACGGUCCUAUGAUAAGUUAAGAUUAAAUCCAAGAAAACCACACUGCCGGUUACUAAGUACCCAUGACGAUUAUAGCAUGAUCUCCAAACUUCCCAGUGAGAAGACUUCAGUGGUGACAAUACUUAGAGACCCCAUUGAUCGUGUGUUUAGCACCUACGAAUUUUCAGUUGAAGUUGCUGCUAGGUUUUUGGUUCAUCCUAACUUAACAUCUGUGGCAAGAAUGGCCCAAUACAAGCGCCGUAACGCAUCUAUAGUGAGCACAAUGGAUGUCUGGCCAUGGAAAUAUUUGGUUCCUUGGAUGAUAGAAGAUCUAUUUGCUCGAAGGGAUGCUAGGAAACUUAGAGGGCAAUCUCAUUUAGAAGCCAGUAACCCAUAUGAUAUGGAAGACAUAUUGAUGCCUCUACAUGAGUACAUUAAUGACUCUAUUGCUCGGGAUAUUAUCCACAAUGGGGCCACCUUCCAGAUUGCAGGUCUCACGAACUACUCCUAUUUUGCGGAAUCCCAUGAAGUGCGCCAUUGUGUACUUAGAUAUCAGACCCUUGGUGGAUAUGUUCUUGAAGUUGCCAAGAAGAGGUUGGACAAUAUGCUUUAUGUUGGACUUACUGAGAACCAUAGAGGAUCAGCCACCAUGUUUGCCAAUGUGGUAGGUGAGCAGGUGAUAUCUAAGCACACUACCUCAAGCUCCAGUACGGAUGUGGGUACUGAUGACUUAGAAAAGAGUUCCUUGCACACCGUUAUGAGAUCUGAUGCGAAUUAUCAAGGGAAAAACACUUAUCAAAUGCUGAAGAACGUUUCAUCAAUUAACAAGGAUGAAGCAUCACGUGAAAAUUCGACUGCUGCUAAACUUAUGGAAGCAUAUGCGUCCUGUAUUUCAACCUUACGGAAAGCCCAAGCACAGCGGCGUAUUAAUUCUCUGAAGCAAAUUUCUCCAGCAAAUUUUACGAAAGAUGCUCGCCACCAGGUUCCUGAACCAAUUAUCCAGGAGAUUGCAUCACUGAACAGCCUAGACAUGGAGCUCUAUACUUAUGCUAAAAACAUAUUCAAGAAGCAACAGGAACAUGCAAUGCAGAGUGUAGUUUAUGCUGACAGGCCGAGCAGCACCCUCCCUAACAGCACAUAUUCCAACAGCUGCAGUCCCCAUUAUUGGAAAUCCCUCUCCGUAGCCACCACUGGUCUCUUCUUGCUUCUCUACAUCUCUGUUUUCCCAAACGCAAGAAGACAAUCAAAAACUAAAUUGUCUGUGUUUUAUCACAUAUGUAUAAAUUCACAACCACAGAGGAAUGUCAUUGUAGAAGGUGCAUAAAUUCAAGAGAUAACUGAGCCUCAUGAGCUACGAUGCUGGACUGCUCUGCUGAGACUCCACUCACUCAUUCUACCCAAACACGUCCAAAAACAUAUAUGAAGGUAGCAAGUUUUUCCAGUUUAGGCGUCGAAAAUGCAGAGCUAGUACUAGCCCCUUUAAAUUGGAAUACAGAUUUGGUAUCCCAACCAGGAGCAUCAGUAAAAUUCUUUACCAGCGAGGACACUUUUGACAUGCUAUUCAUGUGUGAUCUCAAUGAUUUUUGCCACGAGGGGUUGUUGAUUGUAAGAAAUUGAUUUGGUGCAACAUUUUUAUCAUCAUAGGAAAAAGAAUAGUCUUGUUUUGUUGGAUUCCUCUUGUGUGAGUCAUUUCUGCAAAUAGUUGUAGUGACAUGUGGAGCCGCAUACAGGGUAGUAAAACUAUAUUCCUGCAAGUAAAUAGUUUUAGAGAUCACAUAUAGCAAAGCAAUUUGACAUAGUUUGAUGUUGUUGAUUUAGAGUUUGUG